UUUUGCUGUCGAGAUGGGUGACGACACAGACCGGUACAGGCUUCCGACAAACGUGACGCCCACGCACUAUGACCUUAUCAUCUGCACCGACCUUGAAGGACUCAAGUUCGAUGGCUGCGUCACUGUGCAGCUGGAUGUCGUGAGAGACACUCGGUCCAUCCAGUUUCAUGUCUCUAAUCUAGAGCUCGGUCGUGUAAAACUCACCUCACCUUCCUUGAACGAACCCGUCGUGCAGAAUGCCCCAGAUCUGACGUUCAGCGAAGCGGAUGAACGAGCUACAAUGCACUUACCCUUAACGCUUCCCGCCGGGGCCAAGGCAAGCUUGGAGCUCGAGUUCGAAGCUAAACUCACUGGCGCCAUGAUGGGCUACUACCGUUCCACUUGGGAGCACAAAGGCAAAACUGCGUACUACUCACUCACGCAUUUUGAGUGUACACUAUAGCCCACUGCUGCGAGGCGUGCCUUCCCCUGUUGGGAUGAGCCCGCCCUCAAAGCCACCUUUGCCGUCACGAUGAUCUCCCGUGUCGACACGAUCAACCUCGCUAACAUGUCUGCCCUUUCGGAGACGGUCUACGUCCCUUCUGCGCCUCAGGUCAAAUCAGACAUUGCAUCGUUACUGUCCUCUAAGCUCUCAGCAGGCGAGGACGGGCAGUGGAAAAUCACCACCUUCCAAACAACCCCUCUGAUAUCGACGUACAUCAUUGCUUGGGCGAACGGUCCUUUCAGGCACCUCGAGGAAUCGUACAGCAGUCCGCUGAGCGGGAAGACUCGGCCACUUCGCAUAUACACGACUCCGGACUUGAUCCAUCAAGCGCGGUUCGCGCUGGACGUCAACCGCAGAGUACUACCCCUCUACGAGCAAGUUUUCGACAUCGAAUAUCCACUUCCGAAGCUCGACCUUCUCGUUGCGACUGACUUCACUAUCGGCGCGAUGGAGAACUGGGGUCUGAUUACGGGUCGGACGUCUGCGUUUCUGCUGGAUCCGCACCAGGCGGAUCUAAGUGGUAAGAAAUAUGUGGCCUCCACGGUGUGCCACGAAGUCGCACACAUGUGGUUCGGCAAUAUUACGACCAUGGAGUGGUGGGACACGGUAUAUCUGAAAGAGGGCUUUGCUCGCUUGCUAGGCGAGACCAUCAUACUUGACAGACUCUUUCCUGAGUGGAAAUUACGCCCAGCGUUUAUCACAAGCGAGCUGGUUGCGGCCAUGACGCUUGACGCCAAGGCUUCUUCGCACCCCAUCGAGGUGGAAUGUCUUGACGCGAAUGUGGCGAAUCAGAUCUUCGAUGCGCUAUCCUAUGACAAGGCUGCUACUAUCCUCAGAAUGCUCUCGCAGUAUGUCACGGAAGAGAAGUUCCUGAAGGGCGUAUCGAUAUAUUUGAAGAAACACCUGUAUGGGAACGCUGUGACGAAGGACUUGUGGCAAGGCAUAGCGGAGGCGAGCGGCUUGGAUAUCCCGGAAAUAAUGGAUAAUUGGGUUAAGAAGAUUGGAUUUCCCGUUGUCCACGUCACUGAAGUGGACGGAGGUAUCCGUGUUCGGCAAGACCGUUUCCUGGAGACCGGUCCCGCUGUCCCCGAGGACAAUGAGACCAUUUGGUCGAUUCCUCUAAGUCUUCUCACAAUAGAUGGCAGCGGAAAUACUUUCAUCGACCAUACCGUUCUCCUUGACGAACGCGAAAAGGUCAUUAGCCUCGAUAUCUCCAGGCUCUUCAAGCUCAAUGCAGGGACUGUUAGCAUGUAUCGUGUCUUAUACAGCCCAGAACGCCUUGCCAAGAUUGCCGAAGAGGCGGCCAAGGAGGACUCCAUCCUGUCUCUUGGAGACCGACUUGGCCUUGCGUCUGAUGCGCUCGAGUUAGCCAAAGCGGGUUAUUCGCUCCUAAGCAGCACCUUGAAUUUCUAUAAAAUAUUACACGCUGAGAAUGAUUAUCAGAUGUGGAGUUGCAUCUCCAGUGGCCUCUCUUCUAUAUCUUCGGUCUGGUUUGAACAGCCAGACAUUGUCGAAGCUCUGAAUACCUUCAGCAGAAGCCUGCUUAUCCCGGUCGUGAAACGGCUAGGGAUAGAGUAUGCAGACGGGGAGGAUAUCAACACUCGUCAGCUGCGCACCGUGACAAUCGGACAAGCGGCGCGUGCCGGUGAUGGCUCCGUCAUCGCGGACCUCGUGAGACUUUUUAACAGAGCAAUCGAGACCGAAGACGAUUCUUGCAUUUACCCUGAUUUAAUUUCGACUACCUACUGGACUGCUGUCAGAUAUGGUGGCCGCAAGGAAUAUGAUGCAGUUGAGGCCGUCGCUUCGAAGCCACCCACUCCACAAAUGGGCAAUGCUGCAAUGCGGGCUUUGGGAGCAAGCACUGAUAGGUCAUUGCAGGAGGAGACCUGGAAAUUCAUCACGACUAGAGCUCGCGACCAAGAUCUGUACUACUUCUUCGCUGGUCUACAGGGUAACCACGCUGCUCGUCGGUUCCUUGCGGAGAAAUUCAAAACCGACUACGAUGUUCUCUAUAAGCGCACUGCCAGCAAUUUUCGGCUGCAACGUCUUGUCCAGUACUCAUUUGAAGCGCUAUCAUCCGAGAUGGACUACGAGGAGACGAAGGCCUUCUUCAAGGACAAGGACACGUCCACGUUCAAGAUGUCUCUAGACCAAGCACUGGACAGCAUCAAGGCGCGGGCUGCAUGGGUGAAGCGUUCAUCCGAAGAUCUGCGACAAUGGUUGGCGAGCAGGACGUAGAGAUAAGACUCAAGCAGUGCAGCCACGUUCCGGACUGGUGGAAUCUUCUCGCGAAUUCGGAUAGGGAACUUCAGUUACCAAAGCACAGUGAGCAAGAGCGACAGAGGUCAGUCAGGACAUGAAAUGUUGGACGCUGUUAGGAAGCCCAGUCGCGAAGAGUGAAGUUGGAACAUGUUUCACGAUGGAAUUUCUGUUAUGCGUCUGGAUAAUCUUCUCAAUUUCCGAAUGGAUGUUGCGAUUCGCGCGGGUUAGGUCGUCGAGACCAUGGGUGAGGUUUCGCCCAAAG